AUGCCUUGCCCACCACAGAGCUCCGACGAGCUGGUGUUCUUUGUGAAUGGGAGGAAGGUGACCGAGAGCAAUGUGGACCCAGAAGUGACUUUGCUGGCCUUCCUACGCAAGAACUUAAGCCUCACAGGAACCAAGUAUGCCUGUGGAACAGGAAGCUGCGGGGCCUGCACGGUGAUGGUGUCUGAGCACGACCCGGUGUCCAAGAAGAUACGACAUUUCUCUGUGGCCGCAUGCCUGGUGCCCAUCUGCUCACUGUACGGGGCCGCCGUCACCACCGUGGAAGGUGUGGGGAGCAUCAAGACCAGGAUUCACCCCGUGCAGGAAAGGAUCGCCAAGAGCCACGGCACCCAGUGCGGAUUCUGCACGCCCGGCAUGGUAAUGUCCAUGUACACUCUGCUGAGGAACCAUCCGCAGCCCUCGGAGGAGCAGCUCAUGGAAGCCCUGGGGGGUAACCUUUGCCGCUGCACUGGGUAUCGGCCAAUUCUUGAGAGUGGCAGGACCUUCUGUACCUCGGUGAGUGGCUGUCCGCAGAAAGGAACAGGAAAAUGUUGCCUGGACCAGACGGAAGAUGACUCCUCCCCACUUGGCGACAAACAUGAUAUGUGCACGGAGCUGUUUGCAAAAGAGGAAUUUCAGCCCUUGGACCCGACCCAGGAGCUCAUAUUUCCCCCAGAACUCUUGAGGAUGGCUGAGAACUCAGAGAAAGAAACCCUGACCUUUUAUGGAGAGAGAGUUACCUGGAUCUCCCCCGGGACCCUCCAGGAUCUCUUGGAACUGAAAGCGAAGCACUCUGAAGCCCCUCUCGUCCUGGGCAACACGUCUCUAGGACCAGCAAUGAAAUCUCAAGGACACUUCUACCCAGUUCUCCUCUCUCCUGCUAGGAUCUCGGAGCUGAGGGUGGUGUCGACAACUAGCGAUGGACUGACGAUCGGCGCGGGCUGCAGCCUGGCUCAAGUGAAGGACGUCUUGAGCGAGAGCAUCGCUCAGCUCCCGGGGGAGAAAACCCGGACUUACCGCGCCCUCCUGAAGCACCUGCGGAGCCUGGCGGGCCAGCAGGUCCGGAACGUGGCGACCUUAGGUGGACAUAUUGUAAGCCGGCACUGCUAUUCAGACCUGAACCCUAUCUUCGCUGUGGGCAACACUACCCUCAAUCUGCUAUCAGAAGAAGGUACUCGGCAGAUUCCUCUAGACCGACAUUUUCUGGCUGGAUUGACACAGAGCGCAGACCUGAAGGCACAGGAGAUCCUGGAGUCCGUGCACCUCCCUUACUCUCAAAAGUGGGAGUUCGUGUCUGCCUUCCGACAGGCCCAGUGCCACCAGAAUGCCUUGUCCCAUGUAAAUGCUGGCAUGAGAGUCCUGUUCAAAGAAGGCACAGACAUCAUCAAGGACCUGAGCAUCGCCUUCGGAGGGGCGGGGCCUGCCACACGCAUUGCUCACAAGUCCUGCCAGCAGCUCCUCGGCAGGCGCUGGAAUGAAAUGAUGGUAGAUGAGGCCUGCAGGCUGCUUCUGGAUGAAGUCUCCCUUCCCGGCUCGGCUCUGGGAGGCAAGGUGGAGUUCAAGAGAACGCUGCUCGUGAGCUUCUUCUUCAAGUUCUACCUACAGGUUUUGCAGGAACUGAAGGCUCAACUGAAGCUGCUCUCUCUGCCUGAAAGCUGGGACAGCCAGCCUCAUCCAGACAUCGCAGAAAGAUUCCUAAGUGCGCUGGAGGACUUCCAGGUCACAAUACCCCAGGGAGUCCAAACAUACCAGAAAGUGGACUCUCACCAACCUCUCCAAGAUCCAGUUGGACGCCCCGUCAUGCACCUGUCAGGACUGAAACAUGCCACAGGGGAAGCCAUAUUUUGCGACGACAUCCCCAGAGUGGAUAAAGAACUGUUCAUGGCUUUGGUGACCAGCACCAGGGCCCAUGCAAAAAUCAUAUCGAUUGACUCAGCUGAGGUCCUUGCACUACCUGGUGUGGUUGACGUGGUAACAGCUGAAGACAUUCCGGGCACCAAUGGUUCUGAAGAUGAAAAAUUGUUGGCUGUAGAUGAGGUACUUUGCGUGGGCCAGGUCAUCUGUGCGGUGGUCGCGGAGACUGACGUGCAGGCAAAAAGAGCUGUCAAGAAGAUCAAGAUUACCUAUGAGGAUCUGGAGCCUGUGGUUUUCACCAUCGAGGAUGCCAUAAAACACAAUUCUUUCCUGUGCCCUGAAAAAAAGCUUGAGAAAGGAAACAUCGAGGAGGCAUUUAACAACGUGGAUCAAAUUGUUGAAGGAGAGGUCCACGUAGGAGGACAAGAACAUUUUUACAUGGAAACACAAAGAGUGCUCGUCAUCCCAAAGUCAGAGGACAAAGAACUGGACAUUUAUGUGUCCGCACAGGAUCCAGCCCAUGUGCAGAAAACAGUGUCCUCUACUUUGAACAUCCCCUUCAACAGGAUUGCCUGCCACGUAAAACGAGUGGGUGGAGGCUUUGGAGGGAAAGUGGUAAGACCCGCUGCUUUGGGAGCCAUUGCAGCAGUGGGGGCCACCAAAACUGGCCAUCCCAUUCGUCUUGUUCUGGAUCGUGAAGAUGACAUGUUAAUAACUGGAGGGAGGCACCCAUUAUUUGGAAAAUAUAAAGUGGGAUUCAUGAACAACGGGCGAAUCAAAGCUCUAGACAUCGAGUGCUACAUCAACGGAGGCUGCAUGCUGGAUGACUCAGAGCUGGUAACGGAAUUUCUUGUACUAAAGCUGGAAAAUGCAUACAAAAUCCGCAACCUCAGAUUCCGAGGUCGAGCAUGCAUGACAAAUUUACCAUCUAAUACAGCCUUUCGAGGGUUUGGCUUCCCACAAGGGACCCUGAUGACAGAAUCUUGCAUCACAGCUGUGGCAGCCAAAUGUGGGCUUCCACCAGAAAAGAUCAGGGAGAAAAAUAUGUACAAAACAGUGGAUAAGACCAUCUACAAACAAGCAUUCAGCCCUGAGGCUCUGAUCAAAUGUUGGAACGAAUGUCUGGACAAGUCUUCCUUUCGCAGCAGAAGGAUGCACGUGGAGGAGUUCAACAAGAGGAACUACUGGAAAAAGAGAGGCAUCGCAAUCGUCCCCAUGAAGUUUUCCGUAGGCUUUGCAGCGACAAGCUAUCAUCAGGCAGCUGCACUCGUCCAUAUCUACACAGAUGGCUCUGUGCUGGUCACACAUGGAGGCAAUGAACUGGGACAAGGUAUUCACACCAAAAUGUUACAGGUGGCCAGCCGAGAAUUAAGAAUACCCAUGUCUUACAUGCACAUCUGUGAGACAAGCACUGUGACCGUGCCUAACACAAUCGCCACGGCAGCAUCCAUCGGCGCAGAUGUCAAUGGCAGAGCCGUGCAGAAUGCUUGUCAGACACUUCUGAAACGCCUUCAGCCCAUCAUUAAGAAAAAUCCAGAAGGCAUAUGGGAAGACUGGAUAGAAGCAGCAUUUGAACAAAGAAUCAGUCUUUCAGCCACUGGAUAUUUCAGGGGCUACAAGGCCUUCAUGAACUGGGAGGAGGGGGAGGGCGACCCAUUUCCAUACUAUGUCUAUGGAGCUGCAUGUUCUGAAGUUGAAAUUGAUUGUCUGACAGGUGCUCACAAGAAAAUCAGAACGGAUAUCGUCAUGGAUGCUUGUUGCAGCCUAAAUCCAGCUAUUGAUAUUGGGCAGAUAGAAGGUUCGUUUAUUCAAGGAAUGGGCCUUUAUACCACCGAAGAGCUGCAAUAUUCCCCAGAAGGUGUCCUAUACACUCGGAGCCCAGAUGAGUACAAAAUCCCAACCAUCACAGAUGUUCCUGAGCAAUUCAACGUUUCCUUAUUGCCAUCAUCCCAAACACCACUGACCAUCUACUCAUCCAAGGGCCUUGGGGAAUCCGGGAUGUUCCUUGGGUCAUCUGUGUUCUUUGCCAUCACGGAUGCAGUGGCCGCAGCACGCAGAGAAAGGGGUCUAGCCGAGGACUUCACAGUGAGGAGCCCAGCAACGCCAGAGUGGGUUCGGAUGGCCUGUGCCGAUCGGUUCACCGACAUGGUAGGAAGUCACUAA